UGUCCAAUUGAUGAAAAUGGUUAUUGUAGGUUAUGAAGAGACGGUCUGACCCUCCACUAAGAGAACAGAGGUACAAUUUAAAUCACUGGCUAAUCCAAGAAGCAGAGAUGAGGCGUAUUACAGAACAAAAUGAGAGACAGAGACUUAGACCGGCAAAUGACCCUCAAGUGAUGCACAGUAGGAGGUCUGCAUCAGCGUAUCCUCUCUCUAAUGGUGAUCGGACAAAUAGAAACCACCCUAGGCCUGUCUCUAUGCCUCCUCGUAAACCUCCGCACACAGUUGCUCAAGUUUCUUCUGGUCGUAGUCUGGACGAGCUAUGGAAGCUUCAGUCUUCUGUCCCCGUCGGACAGACCAGAAGCCAAUCUCAUGGUAACCUAAACAACCUGAACUACAGGAACGAGUUCAUUCAGCCUGCUACUACGUCCAACACAAGAUACAGUAGAGGGUUUCCUGAACAUCAGGAGCACAUGUUGUCUGUGAGUGGAAGGAAAAGAUGUUCUCAUUGUAGUGAAGAACUAGGACGAGGAGCGGCUAUGAUCAUAGAGUCUCUCCAGUUGUUCUACCACAUCCAUUGCUUCCGCUGUUGUGUAUGUCAGGCUCAACUGGGAAAUGGAUCUUGUGGUACGGAUGUCCGUGUACGGAACAACAAGCUGCACUGUCAGAACUGUUACAGCAAUGAUGACGGUUAG